UCUACCGAAGAAGUGACAUCUGCACCAUCCCAAAGGAAGAGUCUUAAGUGGAGAGAAGAUGACAGAAAGCAAUGAAACCAGAAACUCAUCAGGAGCAGAGAACAUCUUGAAAGACUCUGGGACUGGUCAAGAAGAUCCCUCAGCAUCUCUCUGGACCUCAUCUGCCAACGGGCUCGUUAAACUGAGGAUGGACUCCACGUGCUCGCAAACUCCAAUAACAGUUCAUCAAAUGUUCCAAGAAUCUCUAGAGAAAUAUGCAUCUCUCUAUGCAAUGGCCAGCAGAAAGGAUGGGAAAUGGGAAAAGAUUACUUUCUCUGAGUAUUACAGUCUUUCCCGGAAAGCAGCCAAAAGUUUCUUGAAGCUUGGCCUUGAACGAUUCCACAGUGUUGCGAUUCUUGGAUUCAAUUCUGCAGAAUGGUUCAUUUUGGCAGUAGGCACUAUCUUCGCUGGUGGCAUUGUGACCGGGAUCUACACAACCAAUUCCCCUGAGGCCUGUCACUACAUUGCUCAUGACUGCAGAGCCAACAUCAUUGUAGUAGAAAACCAGAAACAACUGGACAAAAUCAUGCAGAUCUGGAAUCGUUUACCGCACUUGAAAGCUGUUGUGAUGUACAAGGAACCCUUGCUUUCGAAAUCUCCCAAUUUGUAUGCGAUGGAUGAAUUUAUGGAGUUGGGCAACGAGGUACCAGAUGAAGAGCUCGAUGCUGUCAUCGGCUCCCAAAAGCCCAACCAGUGUUGUGUCCUGAUCUACACUUCUGGCACGACCGGAAAGCCGAAAGGGGUGAUGCUGAGCCAUGACAACAUCACCUGGACGUCAACUCACGCCAGCCGAGCCGGUGACAUGCAGCCCGCCGAAAUGCAGCAGGAGACGAUCGUCAGUUACCUCCCGCUCAGCCACAUCGCUGCCCAAAUAUACGACCUCUGGACAGGGAUCAAGUGGGGGGAGAGGGUUUACUUUGCAGAGCCGGAUGCCUUGAAGGGAGGCCUGGUCAACAUCCUGAAAGAGGCGCUGCCCACCUCCCACAUGGGAGUUCCCCGGGUGUGGGAGAAGAUAAUGGAGAAGAUCAAAGACGUGUCUUCUCAGUCUGGAUACGUGAAGAAGAAAAUGCUCUCCUGGGCCAUGGCGGUCAGUUUGGAACGAAACCUCAACUGCUCAAAUAGUGAUUUGAAGCCCUUUCGAAUGAGACUGGCAGACGCCUUGGUGCUUGCUAAAAUCCGCCACGCUUUGGGCUUCUCCCACUGCCAGAAGCACUUCUGCGGAGCUGCGCCUCUUUCUACGGACGCCCUGCAGUUCUUCCUCGGCCUGAACAUCCCCUUGUAUGAGGCGUAUGGGAUGAGUGAGACCACCGGCCCCCACUGCAUGUCCGGGCCGUAUGUUUACCGGCGUUACAGCUGUGGCAAGCCAGUCCCCGGUUGCAAAGUGAAGCUAAUGAACAAGGACGAAGAUGGCAACGGGGAGCUUUGCUUCUGGGGACGGACCGUUUUCAUGGGCUACCUGAACAUGGAGGACAAGACCCGAGAAGCGAUUGAUGAAGACGGCUGGCUGCAUUCUGGAGACCUUGGAAAGAUAGACCCGGAUGGGUUUGUUUAUGUCACUGGGAGAAUUAAAGAGCUCAUCAUUACAGCUGGAGGGGAAAAUGUCCCUCCGGUCCCCCUCGAGGACGCUGUCAAAAAGGAGCUGCCAGCACUCGUGAGCAAUGCCAUGCUGGUUGGAGACCAGAAGAAGUUCUUGUCCAUGUUGCUGACUUUAAAGUGUUCAGUGGAUCCCGAUACGUCAGAGCCUACGGACAGUCUGACCGAAGAAGCCAGAGACUUCUGCAAGAAACUUGGCAGCAAAGCCGUUGGAGUGUCCGAGAUUGUGAGGACGAGAGAUGAGGCUGUUUAUCAGGCCGUCCAAGAUGGCAUAGACCGGGUCAAUGCGUGUGCAGUCACCAACGCUCAGCGCAUUCAAAAAUGGGCGCUCCUCGGAAAAGACUUUUCCAUUUCUGGUGGAGAAUUUGGCCCAACCAUGAAAUUAAAGCGGCAAACUGUGGUUGAGAAGUACAAAGAUGAAAUCGAUUCAUUCUACAACAAUUAAAGUUGGCAACACGGGAUACUCUUCGAAUUUCACUAGAGUAUGAAACAAAGAUUACUCUGUAGAAUAUGAAAGAGAUCUUUCU